AUGCAAGUGACAAAGAAGCGGUUCUUUAUACCGAAAGAACCAUCCCCUCCAAACAGGUCUGAAGGAACAGGCAGCCAACAAUCGCCUCCCUCACCACCAUCCUCUUCACUACCAACUAGUUCCCUUUUCAUUAGUGAUGAAGAAGAUGAUGAUGAAGAUGAACAAAAUAAAUCUGCAUCCCCAGAUAUAGCCAUUAUAGAACAACCACAAAUUUCAGCUAAUGAAUUUAAUCAACUGUUGAUAUCCACAGUGGGAGAUAUAUCACCAAUUAUACUUUCGUAUUUAUAUGAUAAAUUCAGUCAUUUCCCAAAUGCCGUUAAAUUGGCAACAAAGGAAAUUUUAACGUGUCCUCCUGAUAUAGAUGAAUUAUUACAACAAGAGGAUAACAAGACGCGUCUUCCACCGUCCACCCAGACGCAACAAGUAAUCCCUGCGUCACAGCAAACCAAGAAACCAUCAUCUUUCAAGAAGAGACCCAUGAGCCAAGAUAUAUCAACACAACUUCAAUCCUUAGAGAAGAGAAUGCAUCUUGCUUCACAAGCAAUCAAAGAGGAAAUCGAACAAAACUCAUGGAAGAAAUACAUCGGAACGAUAGACGUUCAGGCAUGGGCGACAAGACCAAUAUUCCGUCCCUUGCAAUAUGCCCAAAAAUUACAUGUUAAACGAUUAAUACCGAGAAAUUCAACUAUGCAAAAAAGUUCAAUUAUUAGAUUAUGCACUCAAGAUGAACAACAACGGGAGAUUGGAAGAUUACCGGAAGAGCUAACUAGGGUAUUAUCUCCGUUGAUUGAUUUAAAUAUUGCUGAAUUUGAAACAACUAUUUUGGAAGAGACGAAGAAACGGUUGAGUAUAGGUGAUUCAUUUUUUAUUCAGAUUGAUGUAUUUUUGAAAAAUACUGGAUUUGUUAAGAAUCUUGACGCUAUAAAUGAAGAGGAAAGUAAUUUAAAUAACUUGAAAAGAAAGCAACAACAAACAACCAGGACAGGGUUUAAUUUCUCAGCUGAAACUGAUGGAGAAGCGGCUUUGAGACUUCGACAAUUUGCACUUUCUAAUUUAUUUGAAAGAUUGAGGAUUCAUCCCCUUAGAAUCACCAAUGAUGAUAAUGAGGUUGCAGAAGAAGAUGAACAAAUAAGCUCACAAGAUCCAAUAGAUCUCGAUUCAGAUGGAGAAGAGGAUUCCGACGAGCCAGAACAACAACUUAAUCUUGAUCAACUUCGUGAAUUUUAUCAAGAGAAUAAUCAAUCCAAAUUGUUAGAUAAUUUACCUGAAACAACAAACCCUCCAAAAGAGAAUUUCAAUCUCAAUUUACGACCAUAUCAAAAACACGGAUUAUCAUGGAUGUUAACUCGAGAGAAUGAAAUUAAUGUAUUGGAUAAGUUAUCUAAUGAAAAACAAGAAGAUGGUCAACAACUUGGAUUGUCUACUCAAGGUAGACGAAAUAUUCAAGAGAAUGAAUCAGGGACUAUGAAUCCUCUUUGGAGGAGAUAUAAAUGGCCAAGGGAUAGAUCUUUUGGGAAUGAUUCUAGUACAACCUCGACUCCCACUCAAGGUAAUUCGCAAGAUAAUAAUAAGUAUUUCUAUGCGAAUAUGUAUAAUGGAGAGCUUUCUAUUGAGAAACCAAUUAUUAAGAAUAGUUUACGAGGUGGGAUUUUGGCUGAUGAAAUGGGAUUAGGAAAGACUAUUUCUACUCUAGCUUUAGUCAAUUCGGUUCCAUAUGAUGUUGAUGCUGAGAUUGGAAUAACCAAGGGUAAGAAACCAUAUGCGCCAAGAACAACUUUGAUAGUUGUGCCGAUGUCACUUUUAUCCCAAUGGAAACAAGAAUUUGAAACCAGUAAUAAUAAUAAGAAUCAUGUAUGUCGAGUAUAUUAUGGAGAUGAAAUUGAAUCAAAUUUGACAUUUUCAUUAUGUAAUCAUAAUAAUGAAAAAAUUCCCGUGAUCAUGUUGACUACUUAUGGAACAAUCUUGAAUGAAUUCACGCGAAUUUCAAAAGGAAGAGAUUCACAAGGUAAUCUUCCCCAAAUUGGAUUAUAUUCCGUUAAAUUCUUUAGAAUUAUUCUUGAUGAAGGACACAAUAUCCGGAAUCGAAAUACCAAAACCGCCAAAUCGGUAUAUGAACUCGAUCUGGACCGGAAAUGGAUUCUUACCGGUACACCUAUUGUUAAUCGAUUAGAUGAUUUAUAUUCAUUAGCUAAGUUUUUACAAUUGGAUCCAUGGGGUAAUUUCUCAUAUUGGAAGACAUUUGUAACUUUACCAUUUGAACAAAAGAAGAUUUUCCAGACAUUGGAUGUGAUUAAAUCGAUUCUUGAACCGAUUUUUUUAAGAAGGACAAAAGAUAUGAAGGGGAAAGAUGGGAAACCAUUAGUUGAAUUACCUGAGAAAGAGGUUGUGAUUGAGGAGAUUAAGUUUAAUGAACAAGAGGAGAAAUUGUAUUCCUGGUUUAAACAACGGGCUCAUUCUUCGUUUGCAGAGGGGAUUAAGUCGGGACAAUUGUUGAGACAAUAUACCCAGAUCUUAACUCAUAUUUUAAGGUUGAGACAAGUAUGUUGUCACAUGGAUUUAAUUGGCGGUGCACAUGAGAUGGAUGAUGAAGUGAUUGAUAUGGAGCAAGAUGAAGAAAUGAAACUGUUUCUAAAAGGGAUUAAAGAACAACAGCAACAACAACACAAGUUUGAAAAUGAUACUGAGGUGAAGAAGAUAAUGUAUGGUUUAUAUCCAAAAGUAAACACGACCGAUUCAGAAUGUUCGAUAUGUACCACUACUCCAAUUCCAAUUGGAGAAAUGACAAUCACCCCCUGUGGACAUUCAUAUUGUCUUUCAUGUUUAUUAGAACAUUUAGAUUUCAAUGACGGGAAAGCGGAAAAGAAAUGUCCUAAUUGUCGAGAACCAAUCUCCAAAUAUAAACUCUUUCGUAUCCGUCAUCAACCCACCACAUCCAAUGAAAUCCGAUUUCAUACCCAAAAGGAAACUGAAUCCCAACAACAGUAUGAUUUCCAAUUAUAUCUCCAUGAUCCAAAUCGAUCAUCAUCGAAAAUCCAAGCCUUGAUUCGUCAUUUACAUCUCAUCAAAACCCAAUCACCAAAUCUGAAAUGUAUUGUAUUUUCCCAAUUCUCGUCAUAUUUAGACCUAAUCCAAACUGAACUCAAACUACAAACCAAUGAUGAGUUCAUUGUAUAUAAAUUCGAUGGGAGGUUAAAUAUUCAAGAUCGUCAGAAAUUGUUAACGAAUUUUAAUGCUGAAAUAACGAAUGGAAAAGUAGUUGUGUUGUUAUUGUCGUUAAAAGCCGGUGGGGUGGGGUUGAAUUUAACAACGGCAAAUAGGGCGUUUAUGAUGGAUCCAUGGUGGAGUCCAAGUAUUGAAGAGCAGGCGAUUGAUAGAAUACAUCGAAUUGGUCAGAACGAGACGGUGAAAGUGGUGAGGUUUAUUAUGGAAAAUAGUAUUGAGACGAAGAUGUUGAAGAUUCAGGAGAGGAAGAAAAAGAUGGGAGAAGCUGUGGGAGCGGAAGAAGAGGAGAGACGAAAGAGACGGAUUGAGGAGAUUCAAAUACUUUUCGAAGAGUAG